AUCGCAUAAGUAAAACAUAGACUCAAAGACAGCGUAUUUCAUUGGAAGACGUUUGUAUUGUUUCCUAUUUGUUGUCCCAUUCCACUCACUUUCAACCAGUUUGUCUAAUGAUGAUGUCUACCAAUGUUUUGGUAAAGACACACAGGAAUAUUGGAAAAUGCAACUGCCACUUAUUGCUGCUGUUCAGCAAAAACUACAUAGUCUCACUUUAAGUUAAUUUCUAAUCAGAAAAAUGUUGAUAUGUGGUGUAUUAAUAGUUAUUAUGAUUAAAACCUUUGUUGAUUUUGAGCAAAAUAAGUUUUGGAGUCUCACUGAAACCAAUGUAAAUUUUGAAAACGAACCACUGUAACCUUGAAGUGUGAUAAUUUGGUAUCACAGCUGUAUUGCGACUUACUUUUCACAUGGUUGAUCAACAAAACCAUUCUUGAAAUGUCUUUACUGUCUUUAUUUACUGCCCUUUGCACCAGAAAAAAGGACUGAAUGCUGCUGACCACACUACAUCAGUGUGUCACAUUUUUACAACACUGAUAAUGAAUAGCAAACAGCCCUUGGUUAAAGAAAACCAUGAGAUUAUGAAAUAAAAGAAAUCAGUCAACAGAUUCAGACUGAGCAGCGUUGCACACAGGAUGUUAGCUGUAAUAAUACUUCUACCAUUCGUACCUCACCCUCAUCAUCUCCAGGGGUUUCAAUUGGUUCUGACAGAAAUGCAUACCAUCACAAAAGAUGACCCUUACUCACACAGACCUUUGAGCUUGACCUUGAUUUCCAUUCAACAUCAAUUAUCGUGGAUAAAUGGUGUAUUGCAUCACCAACCCCAACCUCAAAAUCCGGUAUGGCUGACAGUAGUGAAAGCUGCAGUAACAUACUGUUAAUUAGCAAUUCUCUCUUUUUUGUGUCACGUUAAAGCAGUCAUGCACACACAAAAUACAGUGUUGUUAUCAACUGGUAUUGCUAACAAUAACUUGGUUUUUCACCUAGUACUAAAACAGCUUUUUGUGAUCAACUUGUAUGCAAUGUCAUUCCCAGCUCCGUCCUCUGACUUCUGAGGUUAAUAGAAUGCUGCAAAAGUUUUGGAGAUGUCCCUUUAAAAGCCUUCAUUGUCAAACAUUCCACAUACUGGUAGAAUUAAUGGGACCUCCCUGUUUCCAGGCACCCCACGGUUUCCCUCUUUUGUGUGUGUGGGUUUGUGUGUGUGUAUCUGAGUGCUAGCAGAGAGGAACACUAGUUUCAGUUUAACACAAGAUAAAACAGAUUAAUCUCUGUUUUUUUAAAGGUACGCUAGACUGGCUGAUGACAGAGGGAUCAACUAGCUAUGACUUACCGUUUGUAUGAAGGCAAGGAGCAUGUAUCUUCCUACUGGAAGUACAGGAUCUCUCCAUCAGAUCAUCUUUUGCAACAAGUGCUUGACUUCCUGGAAAAACAAAAAGGUCACCCCUUUGAGCUGGCAGUGGAUGUCGGUUGCGGUUCAGGACAGGGCACAGUGCUGCUGGCCAAACAUUUUGCCUCUGUGGUUGGGACAGACGUUAGUCCUGCCCAGGUGGAGAUGGCUUUGCAGCAUGCUAAAGAGCCAAACAUCACAUAUAGACAGGGUGUGGCCGAGGAGCUGCCAAUUGCUGACUGCUCAGUGGACUUGAUAACAGCCAUGUCUGCCUUCCACUGGUUUGACCGACCACGCUUUCUCAAGGAGGCCCACAGAGUCCUGAAGCCUCGUGGCUGCUUGGCGCUGCUCAGCUACACAAUUGACAUGGAGCUCAGCUACCCUGACUGCUGCUCCAGUACACUCAACCAAGUCUGCAAAGAGUUGUAUGCAGCCUUGCAUCCUUACCGCAGUCCCCACCUGGGUGCCUACUCAAUUGAGUUAUACCGGGAGGCCUAUAAAUCCAUCCCUUACCCUGACAAGGAGUGGCAUGAGUGUGUGUGGGUGAAAAGGCCCAUGCCUCUGUCCAGCUACAUGGGGUUGGUGGAGUCUUUCUCGAGCUAUCAGGCUCUGCUGAGAGAAGACCCGCAGAAAGCUGCCGCACUCUCCCAGGACAUCUUGCAAAGGUUGAUGUCCGUAAUGGGGGUCACCUCUGCGGAGACAGAGGUGGUGGUGGCUGUGAAAUAUUUUUACCUUCUGGCCUGCAAACCACAGGAAGCCUGACUCCUGCCAGCCCUCACAGCUUCAACAAAGUCAUGAAGAAACUCGAGCUACCCCCCUAGUCUUUUGUCAACUACUCUCACCAUGAGAGUGGUACUGAUGUUCUCAUCUAACUCUUGGCUAGAAAGCUUUCCUGGAAAUAUCACACUAUUGUGUUAAAGGGAAGUUGUACAGAUGAUCAGCUGUUUCUAAAAUAAUAAAUGCACAAAUAUACAUUUACUCUUCAAUAUCUGCA